CUGGUACCACGGGGCCAUCACGCGGGCUGAGGCGGAGAGCCGGUUGCAGACGUGCCGGGAGGCGGGGUACCUGGUGCGCACCAGCGAGACCGGCAGCGGCAAGUACUCCAUCGCGCUGAAGACCAGCCAGGGCUGCGUCCACAUCAUUGUAGCCCAGACCAAGGACAACAAGUACACGCUCAGCCAGGCCAGCGGCGUCUUCGCCAGCAUCCCUGAGGUCGUGCACUACUACUCCACUGAGAAGCUGCCCUUCAAGGGGGCCGAGCACAUGGCCCUGUUGCACCCUGUCCACUGCAAGCUGCAUUAGUGCCCGCUGAUGCCCCCCCAGACUGAUCUGCGACCUCCACCCCUGUCAUACGGGGCAGAUCUGCCCACGGAGAUGGCCACAUGCCACGGGGGGGGUCCAGAGGGAAUGCCUCUGUAAAGUCAUGACUUUGAUCCUGGACUCCAGCAGGGCUGUUGGGAUUUUGCCAGGACAAAUCCUGACCACCCUGUGCCAGAGCUGACAGGCCAUGGGGCUGCCCAGGGUGGGGGAACGCAGUGAGACUGGGAUGUGUAACAAUAUAGUAAAAUAAAUUUGUUGGCUGAGAAGGGCCAGCGGUCUCAGAUGGCUGGGAUGGGGCUUGUG